GUUACGUACAUUGUACAGAAAUUGAAUAUGUUGUGUUCUGACAUCACAAUAUGGUUUACCAGCAAUUAGUUUAUUUACUGAGAUAAUUAUACUAAUUUAACAAAAAUGGAUGCGGGUCUAACAAGCUGCGGUGAACGAUAUUUAUCGUCUUAUUCAGACAUGCAUGUAGAAAGAUCUCGAAUGUUAAAAUGGUUGAACGACUUGGGCUCAACUGUGGAAAUUGAGAUCAAGACGACAACCAACAAGCAACUGCUUAAGCAUCUACACAAUUUGAAAGAAAUCAUCGCAGACUCACUUCCUGUUCUUGAGAGGAUGCAGUUAUCAAAAAAGGAAAACGAGAUAUCCAAUCGGAUGACCCUUGUCGAUAUAAAAUACGAUAUCGUACUGUACAAGGAGCAGUAUCAGCUUGUGAAAGCUUUACUGCCUACCAUCAGAAAUCAACGACCAUGUACACCUAGGAGGUCGUGGGCCAUGAGGUCAAGGACGUGCUUGAGUUCUCUCCCUUCUCCAUCAGACCUGCUGGGCACGGAUGGAGCUACGUCUGCAAAAUGUGUAUUGCCAGUGGCCAACAAAUCUAGACCAGUAAACCCAGCGGAACCCAAACAGUUGAGUGUUGAUCAGGAAAUCAAACGCUUGCCUUCUUCGCGGUCUAAGAUGCUUUUACAGAAUAUGUUUAUGUGCUGUUUUAAACGGUCUUACAUAUAAUACGUUUUAUCCACUUGAUGUGUUCGAGAACCUCUCGUUCCAUGCAGUUUAAAGUUUUGUUUCUGUUUAACGACAAAACCAGAGCACAUUGAUUGUUCCGUACAGUUGACAAAGGUCUUGUCCAUUGAUGCUGCAUAACAGGAAGGUGGAAUUUUUUGGGGGAAAAGAGAAAGAUUUGCAAUAUUUUUAUACCUAAAAGGAAAAAAAAAAAUAUCAAGGAAACGUGGAAAUUGUUAUAUGCGGUCCGUCGUGCUGGGUACCGGACCCUGUGAAUGGUGAAGAGAAAAAAAUUCUUGAAUUUGCUUUUUGAUAUUAACUAGAAGCAGACGUUUUAGUACAUAAUAAUUAACUGGACCUUUUGGUCAUAAUAACUAUAGGUCUAUUAUUUACAAUAAAAUGCUUUUCCAAGAAAUCAACUGGACCGUUUAGUCAUAAUAACUAUAGGUCUAUUAUUUACAAUAAAAUGCUUUUCCAAGAAAUCAACUGGACCUUUUGGUCAUAAUAACUAUAGGUCUAUUAUUUACAAUAAAAUACUUUUCCAAGAAGUCAACUGGACCUUUUGGUCAUAAUAACUAUAGGUCUAUUAUUUACAAUAAAAUACAUUUCCAACAAGU